UAUCGGGUCUUUUAAUACAUAAUGAUAUUCCACAUGAUAUUCAUUUGGCACGCGAAAUUCAUCGCGGUUUACGUCCAUGCAUUCCAUCUUAUGUACCAAAUUUAGUUACUGAAUUAAUUAUUAAAUGUUGGGACGCACAGCCAAAUAAGAGACCAACUUCAAAAGAAUUAUAUGAAACUACAAGCAUUUGGAUUAAUGAAAUUUUAAAUGAUGAAGCAAUAGAAUUCGUUGAACAAAUAAAGAAUGCUGAUGAAACACUUGAAAAUUGUUUGAAGCCUAAUCUAUCCGCGAUUCCUCAUCCUGAAGCAAUCUAUUCCAGUAGACGAUUUGAAUCUCUAAAUCAAAAAGAUUCUGGAAUGCAUACUAAUCACCUAAGUAUAUAUAUUUAUAUUAUCUAG